AUCUCAUUCGGAAAUACAGAAGAAUAUUGUAGGAGUACAUCAAACACACACGAGGAGAGAAGAAAAAUAGUUUUGUGUAAAUCGAAAUGAUAUUUAGAACAAUUUGACUCGAAGCAACAUCUGUGCAGUAAUUCAUCAAAAGUACAAAAAAAAAAAUAUUUUUUAAUUUUUUUCUUCAAAUAAACAAAAAAAAAUUUUUUUUGUGAUAAAAAAAAAUUCAAUUAAAAAAAAAAUACGUACGACAAACAUUGACAUUGAUUAGGUAUUAUCCGUGAAAAGUCGUGUGUACACAAAAUAUCGCACAGAACGAAGAAAAGACGACGCGCAGCAAAAAACAUUCAUUAAUUGGAUAUAAAUUAGUUAGUGAAAUAAGGGCACACAUUGGCAGCGGCAAAGCUGGAAAAUAUAUAGAACAAAAUGCCACAACCGAAUAUUAAUAUCAAUAACAACAGUAAUAGUAAUAAUAACUGCCAAUCGAUACGGUAUUGCUGGGAGGCUGAUAAGGUCAAAACACUGAUAAGAUUACGUGCAGAACUUUCACCGUUGUUCACGGGAAAGCGGAAUGCGUCGAAAUAUGCGUGGGCUGUGGUUGAAAGAGAACUAAAUGUUCCUUUACCAAUAUCAAAAAUCAUUAAAAAAUGGAACAAUUUACUACAAGAAUAUAAGGCAAUUAAGAUGUCAGAGGAGCCCAAAAGACGAGAAUGGCCCUUUUUCACACUCAUGGAUGUCUAUUUUAGCGAUCAGGUGAACGAUCCGACGCUGCGUCUCUUCAGUUCGACAAAACGCUUCGACACCGACACCCUCGACGACACAAAUUUCGAGGAAGAGCUCAAAUAUCUACCUCCCGCAGCGGCAAAUGCGCUCGCGGCGUAUAACGCGAAUGCCGAAUUGCGUGCGUUGGCGGCUCAAAAUGCGGCAAAUGCAGCGGCGGCGGCACAGGCAGCUGCCAAUGGCAACGGAAAUGGCAUGAUGAACGACAUGAUGGACGACAAUCAGUCGGAUAAGGGAGAGGAGACAAGUAGCUUCGAUGAGCCCGAGAUUACGAUCAAUACGCACUUUCCGGAGGCGAAACGGGGCAGCAUGGAGAACAAUAAUAACCACAAUGAGUACGACGACAUGCCGGAGAAUCGGUAUGAGCGGCAUGUGAAUCAGAAGAUUUUGCAGCAAAUGAGUGAGCAUCACAAUAUUGAUCAGUACUUACUAUCAUGGCGCGGUUUCCACGGAAAUAUGUGCAAAGGUUUUCACACAUUGCAACGUGAUGGGCAGAUGGUAGAUGUCACUAUCGCUGCCGGAGGUAAAAUCUUCAAAGCACACAAAUUGGUCUUGUCAGUUUGCAGUCCAUAUUUCCAAAAGAUUUUCCUUGAACAUCCUUCGCAACAUCCAAUCCUCUUCAUGACAGACGUCAACUCACAGCACAUGGCAGGCUUGCUUGAUUUCAUGUACAGCGGGCAAGUGAAUGUCAAGUACGAGGAUUUGCAAAACUUUUUGAAGGUUGCCGAGGCGUUGCAAGUUAAAGGAUUGCACGGAGAGAGUACAUCGGAUAACGCAGAUCCCGAACGCGAGCGUCGCGAAUCCAUGGACAGCGCAUAUCAGAAGCAACAACAACAAAUGGCGGAACAAUUCCGUCAAACGAACCAAUUGUACCAACAAAUCCAACGAAACAUCGCCAAUCAGCAAUCCGCGAUGCAGCAACGGAACAACAUCCGCGAGCACAUUCGCGUCAAACCCACAGGCCUCACGGAAGACUACAAUAACGCAAAUAACAACAACAACAACAACAAUCCCAACGUCAAUAACAACAACUUGAAUUUGCAGAACAAAAUGGCGCAAUACGCGUUGCACCAGAUGAACGUCAGCAACAAAAUGCUGGAGCCCUUCAAACAUCAAAAAUACUAUUCGAAACGGAAACUCAUCAAUCAGUACGAAAAGGAGCAGAUGCAGGAACAAAAACGGAAUCGCACCCAUUCGAACAACAACAACAACAACGAAGACAAAAAUUACAACAAAAUCGAUGACGGCGGAAAUGGAAAUGGAAGUGCACGUGAUUCGCCCUGCGGAACGCCAAAUCAUGCCCCGACCCCGCCGACAAAUCACAUAAAAGCGGAACCGACGUACGACAUGGAUGAUGAUAACGAUAGCGGAACGGAUGGCGGCUUGAAUUAUGCGACGGCGCGCACUCCGCCGGGCUCGAAUGGCGCCAAUGUGAACAAUAUUGCGGAGAAAAUCAGACAUUCCCUUCUGGAACCCAACAUAGUAUUACAUCAGCAAGGCGAGGAUAUGCUAACGUCGGCCAAGGCAACGCUGAACAACAAUAAACCCAUGGCAGCAACUAGUUGAAUUGAUUUUUAUUAAUUUUUUUCGAGAGAGAUUCCGCGAGAUGAUGAUUCAAAAGUAACAAAAAACCGCAAAUUGUACAAUAAAUUUAUUACCUUUGUAGAUAAUAAUAAUUAUAAUGAUUAUUAAUUGUUAUAACAUUCUUGUCCAGAGCUGA